CAUCAAUCCAUCAUGGUCUGUGGUGCUCACUUGCACAUCCCCUUUUCUUUCAUAUCUCAUAAUUUCCGCUCCAGGUUCGGUUUGAGCUAACUAAAAUCCUGUUCUGAUUGCUCAUAGUGUUUCAGAACUUGAGCUGCAAAGUGUGGUGGGAGUGAGAUCAUGGGAAACAACAACGUCAUUGGACAACAAGGUAUGCAUUUUGCUGAAUACAGUAUGCUAUCUAACAAUGAGGUUUCAGUAUUUCACUAAUUAUCUUCUUUUCGACAUUUCAGUAUCAGAAGAGACCGCUAACAGAGUCGACAAAACCAUUGAGCAUUCAAGUGAUUCACCCGGGCUCAACAGCACGAACAGUGAAACAAAUAAUGAGAAGGAUGGCACUGAGGAUGUCAAUUUGUCAAAGUCCACAAAGGACCCCAUCAUUAUCAAUGCUGAAGAUAAGCAGGUGGCCUCGUAUCAAAAUAUUUCAUCAGAUAAGAUGGAAGGCUUAGAUGAGAAAAACAGGGGCUCAAUUCAGGAUAACACAUCAACACAAGAUGAUCAGAGUAGCAACUCACCAAAAGAUGAUGAACCAUUGAGGAAAGAAGCAAUUGAAACAACCAUAUUUUCAACCGAAAUAAUUGCUCUUGUUAGCACCACAAUUGAAGAUGUAACAAGAAACAAGGACAGUUCAGUCUCUAGUGAAGAAAUCAAACAACUUUUGCAUGGGACUAGAGAUGCAAGUGAAGCAAAUAUUGAAAGCAGCUAUAAAUCAUUAUUACAGGAAAAUAUAGAAGGUUCACUAGAAGAUCAGGAAGAAACUAGCAGCCAUGAAAAUGCCCCCAUGGAUGGUAAUCUAACUGGUGAAGAUACAACUGAAAACUUAGAACAAGGAUACAUUGAGGUGCCAACGGUAGAGGUGGCAAUGCAAGGAGAAACUACAUCAUCAACAGAAUCAAUUGUCAGCACUUAUCUUGAUGCUGAUGACUCUGAGAUCAAGGAAGUUGUAAUAGAAGAUAAGCCUGGACAAAGAGACAGCCCACCAGAUGUGCAGCCAUUAGAUGGCAUAAACAUAGAGGCAUCCACGAAUGACAACAUACAAACACAAAUAUCACAUGACAAGGAAGAAAUCAGUGCAAUCAGCAAAAUUGCAGCAGUGAAGCUUAUGAUUGAAAGUGAUCAGGCACUUGAGGAUGAUAAGCUUAUCCAUGGAUUGGGAAAUCAGGAUGAAGAUAGUACAGAAUGGACAUCAUGUGAUAAUCUCUAUAAUGGUGAAGUUGUUGCAAAGUGUCAGUCAUCUUUAAGAAAUCCAACUGCAAUAAGUGACCAAGAACUGGGAAAUGAGCAAAAUGAGAGGAUAGUUGCUUCAAGACAGAUUUCAGCUUCUGUUACUUCAAAAGUGGAGCAUACUGACAUAAAAACAAUAUACAAGGAAGAAGAAAUUGUUGAGAGAACUGUCGCUGUUUGGAAUUUUGAUGAUAAUUUUGCAGCAGAGAAGGAACCUGAAGUAUAUGAUGAUGACUUAAUCAGUAUUGCUGAGGUCAACGGAAAGGAUUUUACAGGCUUGCAUUCAUCUUCAUUGAAUCGUCAUCUUAUUAUGAAUGAAGUGAAGGUACAAAGAGAAGUCAAUGGAGUAAAUGGAACAGUAGAGUUCAAUAAAGAGACAGUAAAGGAAAAUUUAGAAGAAGAUGAUAAGGUAAAUACUGCAGAAGGAUUAGGUCUCCAUGCUGAUGCCCAUGUAGUGGCAAAGGAGGAAGGAGACCCAUCCAACUUACUGAUGACAUUGCCGUCAACUCCUCUUCAAUUACUAGAAGAUAUUGACAAAGAGGUGUACAUAACUAGAGAUACACAAGAAACUACGACCAGCACACAAGGUGACCAGUCUCAACUGAUACUGCUUGAAGAAUAUGAAGUUGUGAAACUUGAGAAUGGUGAAAUUUCAAGCAAAUGUAUGCAGUUGGCGGCAAAAAAUUCGAAUGUAGGCAUAAUCUCUAUUGAUGGUGUCAACCAUGAGAAAGUAGGCACAAGCACUAGAGCCUCAGAAUUUACCUUUGAAGCCAACCAGAAGGAAGUCACAGCAAGCACUGCAGCUACAGGCUUUACUGCUGAAUGCAAUCAGGCAAAAGUCACAUCAAGUGUUGAUAUUGCUACCGAGGAACAGCAUCCUCUUCAGACAUCAACUCCAGGGAGAGAAGCUGGUGAAGAGACUCCAUUACUUCAGGCAGUGCAAAGUAUAGGUUUUUUCAGUUCUACUAUACAGCAUAUCCAAGUAGAUGUGGAAAUUCCCAUGACUGACAUUGCUGUGAUGCAAUUUAAAGCUGAAGCUGAGGAAGAAUCUGAGAAGAGCCCACUGUUAAGCCCCAGGGAAACAUCAGGAGACUUCAGAAUACCAAAUCAUUCUGCAAGAAACAAGAAACCAUUUCAGAGCUUACUGACAGAAGGAGAAGUUGGUAUGUGGUCUCCAUUGAAGGAAACGGAACCAAACCCAAAGAGCAAUAUCAUGAUUAGUUCACCAAGAAACGAAGAAAAGAAGAAGCCAAGAUCCUCUCUUUUUACCAGUUGCAUGUGUUGCGCUACUACUACGAGCUAAUGUAUGGCUCCAUGUGUGAGCUUUUCCUUUCCUUGAUUCCUCAGUGUUUGGUUGAUUGUUUUGUGCUACAUGCUUGAUGAUUGAGUUGGUAUCGUGAAACACGUAUUUCCCAAAGUAUAAA